AAAAAUCCUCACUGCAAUAAUUCUAUAAAUAGAUUAUUAGCAGCAUUAGGAGACUGUAAGAUAAGUUUGUUCCAUAGACACACUCCUGUCAGGUAUGAAUUAGCAGAGAUGAUAAUCAGUGACAGUGACUGAUGCUGCACCAGGAAAAAUCUGUAUUAUAACAUAAUAACAGAAAUAUGUGGGUGUGCAUUAAGUCACAAAAUGGCUGGCAUUAGGACCUCAGGGACAAUAAGCUAACCGCUUUGAUGCCAGAGGAAGUUGGCGAUGCAAUGACAAAGAUCACUGAGUGUGUGAAUGACUGAUAUGUGUCCGGCCAGAGACACGGAUCGAUCAAUCAUGCGUCGAUGCGACAGCGUUAACAACCGGUGACAACAUCUUGAUUCACCUGCCUCUCCUAAACCCAAGUCCAGUGGAUCCAGUUAUCAAAAUCAUCUGCAGUGUCCCCUCCCUGGAUGCUCCUUGGACCUUUUAUUGUAAAGAACUGUCUUCUUUUUAUAAGGACAAGAAAGGCAUCUAAUGCAUUUCCCCCCUGCAUAUUCAUACACUCUGUGUCUGGUGCACUUAUUUCAAUCAUUAUAUUGUCAUGGCUGUGCAAGACCCUGGCAGGACAACAGGGUUUCCUUGCAAACAGUGUGGCAUGGUAUGUCCCAGUAUGCCCAGUCUGCUUGAACACAUGGAUGCUCACCUUCAACAAGAGGAAGAACGCAAAUUUAAAUGUGAUGAAUGUGGACGUGGUUACAGGCAUGCCGGUAGCCUAGCUAACCACAAAAAGACUCACGAUGUGGGUUCCUUUCAAUGUAACAUCUGUGGUAAAGAAAACUCUAACGCUUUGGCCCUGAAAAGUCAUCUACGGAGCCAUACCUCUCAGAAAAAGUAUUCCUGCGCAGAAUGUGGGAAGGCUUUUCGUCUGGCAACACAACUUGCUACACAUGAGAGGGUUCAUCUCACAAGGAGAGUAAAGGAGCAGUCAUAUAGGAAAGUAGAUAUGGAGUAUGCCACACAUGAAAAUAAACAUGAAUUUGAAAAUAAUCACCCGCAUCAUUUGAACGAGCAGUCGACCAGCAUUGGGAUUUCUACAGAAAACAGCCCAGCUGAGGACAAGGUGGGGGUUGUUUAUAAUGCACAAUCUGAGACCUCUGAUGAUGCCGCAGAUCGACCUUUCAGAUGUGAUUUGUGUGAUAAGUCAUAUAUACACCAUCGAAGCCUGACCAAUCAUAAAAAGACUCACCAAGUUGGAAUGUUUGAGUGCACGGUGUGUUUCAAACUGUUCAAUAACAUGGCUGCCCUCUACAGCCACCAGAGAACUCACAAGGCAAGAAGCGGGGCAGACCCCAGUUCGAUGGGCGGGUCAUACACAGGCACAUCACUGGACCAGUUUUCACCUCAGAGCCAGGAUGCUCCAGUUAAUUUUUGCCAUUUGUGUCAGGUACUAUUUCCCAAUGAUGAAGAGUUCCAGGAACACAUCCAAAUGCACAACUCCUCAUCUGUGUCAUUUGGGCUUCAAGACAACUUUUCAGAAAACCAUAAUAUUUCAUACGACAAUAGCAUUGCUUCACCUGAGUCAAAUUUUUAUGCAUCUCCUAUAAAUAAUGUUCCUUCCGUGUCAUCAGUAGAUAAUCUUGGAGGUUUUGAUCAGCCACAGGAGCAGAUUAGAAGCAACGGUCACGUGUACUCGGACUGUUCUAAUAAUCGAACACCAUCUUCCAAUAGCACUCAGGGAGAACCCCCAAUCAUAGACGUGAACAUUCUCAAUCCUGCUCUGGUGCAUACACAAAACACUGACAAUGAAAACAAAACUGAAGAGACUACUGUAGAUUCUGAUGAGCGUCCCUUCAAGUGUCAAAUCUGCGGGAAAAGCUACCGCCACUCUGGAAGCCUCAUCAACCACAAAAGGUCACAUCAGGUCGGGAUUUACCAGUGUUCCAUCUGCAGAAAGAGUUAUCCUCACCUGGCCGCCCUCAAAAGUCAUCUUCGCCUCCACAAAGCUCAGCCGUCAUCUUUUAGCCUCACCAAUGAGGGAGAUUGGCUCUCCUCAGAGCCUCUGACUCUGGAUAACCAGCAGGGCUGCUUCUCUUCCCAAGUGGAGGAAGAGGACAGCACUCACCUUGCACUUGGUAUCGACCAGGAGAAUGGACUUGACCACAGCAAUGGAGCGUUGUACCAUGAGCAGUUUAAUCAGGACUUUUCCCAAGACAUGACUGUGCAUCUACCUCACAAUGAACACCUGAUGCAGAGGCACAUGUGUGCAGACUGUGGUGAGACAUUUGCAGAUAUUGCAGGUAUUAAGUCUCACAGUUGUCCACUGCUACAGCAGCAACAUGACACUACUAGCAGUGACUAUGACAGUAGUAUUAACUUCCAGGACAGCAAUGGCCACUGUGCCAUUGGAAAUCCAGCGAGUAAUGUAGAGUUUCAUGGUCUGAACGGUAGCCAUGACCAAAGUUACUUUGAACAGAGUUUCCAUGAAAAUAUGAGCAGUGAUCAGCUGAACGGUGGCGGAGAAGGUGAUAAUGCUGACGAGGAGGAUGAUGAUGGUGAUCUUUAUCAGUGCUCUAUAUGUGGAAACAGCUACACCAGCAUGAGGGCUCUCAGGAGCCACCUCCGAGGACACACACAGUCCCACAACACUCCUGCAAGCUCAGGGCCUUCUUCCAUGUCCUCCCAUGAAGAGGUGAAAGACGAAGAGCCGGGGGAGAUGAUUAUCUGUAGUACAUGUGGGGAAAGUUUUGCCAAUAGGCAGGACUUGAUUACUCAUCAGCUUCUACACAACACAGACCAGGUAAAUAACAGUACUAAUUUACAUGUGAACAACAGCGCUGGCUCUGGAAGCAAGGAGGAAGCGCAGAGUAUCAUCUGCGGCAGCUGUGGCAUCUUUUGCACCAGCUACCAUCAUCUUGAAAACCAUGGCUGCACGGCUGGAAAGAAAGAUGAGUCAACAAACGGUAAAGUGGAAAUAAAAGUAAACGAUGUCACCCAGCAUGAAGAAACAAGUCACGUCAAAGACACUGUGGAUACAGAGGAUCGUCAGUAUAAAUGUGAUCAGUGUGGGCGAUCAUACAGACAUGCUGGCUCCCUCCUUAACCACAAAAAAUCCCAUAAAACAGGUGUGUUCAGAUGUCUCGUCUGCCAGAAACGUUUCUACAACCUGUUGGCCCUUAAAAACCAUCAGAGGUCCCACUUUGAUAUUAAGAGGCAUACUUGCCAUGAGUGUGGGAAAGCCUUCAAAAUUCAGAAGCAGCUAUUGAACCACCUGAGAAGGCACAAAGAAAACCAAGCCAAAAUCCAGGAACUCAACAACCAGAUCCAGGCCCUCAUGCAGAUGAAUGGGACAAGGUCAGAUGAAGGAAUGCAGUCCUCAACUGAAAACCCCAGUCAGGCUUUUACCUCAGUCCGGCGCUGUAAGCAGCUGUCUGAAGAAAAGAUGGUACAAACAAAAUCUGAGACUUCAGUCAAAUCAGAGGACACAGGCGACCAACGACCUUUCGCUUGUGACCAGUGUGGGCGUACAUACCGCCACGCAGGCAGUCUGGUCAACCACAGAAACUCUCAUAAAACAGGUGAAUAUUACUGCUCUGUUUGUAACAACACUUACUCCAAUCAACUGGCACUAAAGAACCACUUACGCACCCACUUUGCAUAUAAAAAGCACUCUUGCCAAAACUGUGGAAAAGGCUUUAGGGGAAAGAAGCAGCUGUUAGCCCACGUCUGUGCAGACCUCAGGAAGGAUGGGGCUGCAGGCAGGAGAGGCUUUAAAUCUAGAGCCUUUAAGUGCAAGCAAUGCAAGCAGGCCUUUCUGUCUGUUGACCAACUGGAAGCCCAUGCCUGUGAUGGACCGUCAGGCAGUAGUGAGGUACAAACAAAUAUGUCCCCAAAUAAAGAAGAGCGGCCUUUCACGUGUAACAUAUGUAAUCGUAGCUACCGCCACGCAGGUAGCCUCCUGAACCACAAAAAUACCCACAAGACAGGACACUUCAGUUGCACCUUUUGCUCUAAGCCCUUCACGAACCCCAUGGCUCUACGCAAUCACACUCGUAUCCAUACGCAGAAGAAGAAGUAUGUGUGUCUCACGUGUGGGAAGGCCUUUCGCCUUGCCAGCAUCCUACACAACCACCAGAAGGUCCACAACCGGGCUGUGAGUCACUUCAGCUGUCCGGCGUGUGGAAAGAGUUUCCAGGGCAGGUCUGGCCUGAAGAGACACCGCUGCCGGAGAGGUCAGGAGAACUCAACGAGAGUUGGAGUCCAGCAGUCAGAGAGGGGAGACAAGUGCUUCAUGUGUGACCUUUGUGGCCGCUCCUACCGCCACGCUGGCUCCCUCCUCAACCAUAAAAAGACCCACUCCGAAAACCUGCACCACUGUACCUUGUGUCUCCAGACAUUUCCUGAUCCUCUCACCCUGCAGAUACACUCCCAGAUGAGACGUCACUGUUGUCCAGAGUGUGGCAAGACCUUCUGUCUGAUCGCACACUUGCAGAGCCACAUGGAGAUGCACUCUAAGGAACGCUCUGUGGUGUGCAGCAUCUGCCAGCAGAGCUUUCCCACCACGGCCAGCUACCAGCAGCACCAGGACAUGCACCACAGGGCUCAGGGCCCCUAUCCACAAGGCGUGGAUGAACCUGUAGAUAACGACUUCUGCUGGGACUCAGGAAUAAAUCAGACCAUAGGGAUCGACAGGAUUCCCAAGCAGGUUCCACCACCUUUGUCCCACAUUCCAGGAAGCAUCACCGAUUCCCAGGAUAACGAUUCUGCCGGUGCAGAGGAGAAGAGUCACGUCUGCGAGCACUGUGGCCGCACCUACCGCCACGCCGGCUCCCUCCUCAACCACAAGAACAGCCACAAGACGGGCUCCUUCUUCUGCUCCGUCUGCCAGAAAGAGUUCACCAACCUGAUGGCUCUCAAGAACCACCGCCGCAUUCACACGGAGCCCAAGCGCUACCAGUGCCUGGAGUGUGGGAAGGCGUUCCGCGUGUCCACUCAGCUCAUAUGUCACCGAAGAAUCCACACCAAAGAGAAGCCCUUUGCCUGCCUGCUGUGCGACAAGAGCUUUUCCAGCAAGUCCAACCUGAGGCACCAUCAGAAGAUGCACCAGAACACCCAGACCUACGACUCCUCUUUCAGCAUGGAUGCUAAUACCUUUAUGGACUUAGACAUGGGGUCUUUCCUUUGAAGCAGGAUUGCCGAAUCUACAAAAAAAGAGGACAUAUGGUCCUCUUAUCUAUCUCUAAUUUAUUCCUCUAUCAAUAAUUGUAAAACAGUAUUUUUUUUUUCAGAAAGUGCUCCUUUGUCCUGACAGAAGCUCCUUUUUGAAGGCGUGCACAUUUCAUGACUGGCUUCCAGUCUUACCUCCACAACAGAUGGCGACAGUCUCCAGAGGGUUUAUCGGUCAGCUUUUAAUAAAGCCUGAAUGUUUUCAAUGAAUACACAGGAUCCCAGAAUACAGGGCGAGUGAUUAAAAACAUCGCCGCUCAUUCCUCACUGACAAAACAAACCAAGCAACCAAAACGAACAGAGAAGUGCAGCCCAGGUCCGUGUAAGACUGAUAACAUGUUUUUGUAAGACAGUACUGUUCUAACGGUGAAUUUCUCCUCUCUUGCUAUGUAUAAUUGUGUUCAGUGCCUCUGUAAGUUCCUUAGGAAACAAAAUAAACAAACUAUAUUUA